GAACUGCCUUCCAAAAUGCAUGACUCCCAUAAAGACGACAGGUCUUACCGUAGGAUUUCUGUGAUUGAACCAAAACCUACCACUGACUUCAAUCGUUUCUUACCCAACAAAAACAAGCAGACAGCAUAUGUGCCAGCACCUUUAAGGAAGAGGAGGACGGAAAAGAAUGAGGACAACAGGAGAAGCUGGGCAAGUCCUGUUUUCACUGAGUCAGAUGGAACGUUUUCAAGUGGACGUGAAACGAAUCCUGUAGCUUCCUGCCAAAAUAGCAGAGCAGAAUGUGGGCUCACAAAUCCAGCUUCCCUCCAGACCAUCUAUGAGUAUGACAGUGGCUCUGAUUCAGAAGAGGAAAGAAGGCUGCCCGACGUUGUUUUGGAUGACUUAGCAAAUCGUAGAUUUCUAGUCAAAAAGAGCCCUGUAAGCUCUGUUGCACCUGGACAUCAUUUCAUGUUGCUCAAUGACUCUCCUAAAUCUUGCUCGCGAGAAAGUUAUCCAGCUGGUCCACUAGCUGCAAUGCUUGAACCACUGAGUAACCAGAGGAGGCAGAGGCAGUUGGAUACUAAAGAGGAAAACAAACCAAGAGUUAACAAUCCUUCACAAUUAUCUGGGUAUUUUGAUGAGGACGAGGAAGAAGUAGGCAUCCCAAACAUUGAAAAAGAUGAUCUGUAUUUUCGCAAGCUAAGUUCUUCAGUGCCAAAUACAGUUGUUGCUUUUGACAAAUUUCUUCCUAAGUUUUGGACUCCAGAGGAAGAAUUGCUAUGGAAAAAAAUCAAGAAAUCCUCUUUCAAACCCUGGUAUAAAGAGAUUCAAGGGUUCAGUAGAAAGAGAUCAGAUUCCAAGGAUGAAGAAUUUGCUUACAAACAAAGCUGUACCAUUGUUGCUAAUCAACCAAGACCAAGUAUUGACUGGAACAGUAGCUGCAGAAGGGAUCAGAAUUAUAAGCCAACUGCUGAAUAUGUGGGAAGCUCAUUGUCACAGAUUGCAGAAGGAAAAAUCUUGGAGUCUUCUGAUCAGCCCAGUCAGUUUUCAUUACUUCAGGCUCUGCAAAAAUACACUGACUACGUGUCUUCUGAAAUGGAGACCAGAAUUGAUCCUACUUCUGGCCCUAGGCUCAUAAAAUGUAGGAAGAAUGUUUCCUUUAUACCAGGAGGCAAGCAAGGAGAUGAGGAAAAUGGCUAUCUAUAUCCAGAUUUGGAAAAUGAUGAUUUGUUUGUUCGGAAAACUGGGGCUUUCCAUGUGAAUCAAGUUGUUCUUCAAGAUCCCUGGUAUUUAAAGAAAAUCUCUGAGCAGGAGCCUCCUCUAGAGGGUGAGAUAAUUCUGCAACCCAGAGAGGGCCAAACUGUGAUUCCAGAUUUGGAAAAGGAUGACAUGAUUUUUCGUAAAGUCCUCUCUCAAAAAAAAGAGGUGCCUUUAUCAGGUGCUCCUGACAAGUAUCACCCAGCACUGUUUCCUGAUCCAUGGAGCCUUCCAGAAGAGAUCCGGUCCAAAUUUCUAUGUUUACUUGAAAAAAAUGCAAUACCAGAGGAAAAGAAGAGCAAUGGCAGAGUACUGUCACCAUCUUUACACCAUAAGAAGGACGAUAUGCUGACCCGCAAGAUUGAAUCUUGGAAAGUGGGAAGCAAUGUCCAGCCAGUAAAUUUUAUCCCAGGUCCAUGCAGUGAAGAAGACUGGAGGAAAUGGGAAGCAAUCAGGGAGGCCAGCAAAGUUAGACACAAGAAACGGCAGAUGGUGGAGAGACUAUUUCAAAAGCUUUCUGAUGAGCAGGGGAGUAAAUCUUUGAAUGAUGUCAGUGCAGAGGAGCUGCAGACACUGCGCAAAAUCCGUUAUGAAGAGCUGCAAAAGAUAAAAGAACAGCUACAAGAACAAGAUCUCAAGUGGCAAGAAGAUCUAGCAAAAUGGAAGAGUCGUAGAAAGAGUUACACUUCAGAAUUGCAAAAGAAAAAGGAAGAGAGAGAAGAAAUUGAAAGGAGAGCCUCUGAGGUGUCUGGAAGGAGUACCAAGUCACUGAAGGAAAUGCAGCAGGAGAGGGAGGAGAGAGAUCAGGAUUCCUAUGAGCAGCAGAAACAGGAACACAACUGGACGUAUUCACUGAAUGAUGAUGUGUUCAGUGAAGAAAAAACACCUUCCACAGCAGCAAAAGAUUGGUCAGCACCCAAAGAUUACCGUUUGGAGGAAGACACUUGCUACAGCACUAAGGACAGCAAAAGUGUGUACACCACACAACCACCCAAGGAGAGCCUGCCUGAGAGCUCGGCUGCUCGCGAAGCUCCUGCGCUGCCGGAGAGCCUGGAGCGGGAGCAGAGCCUGGCUCUUUUGUCCACUCGCUACUCAGUGAAUGCUCAAACUGGGUCAGCUCAGGUUUCAGCUUCUCUCCCCAGAACUUACCAGAAAACUGAUACCUCCAGGUUAACAUCUGUGGUUACACCAAGACCUUUUGGUGUCCACUCAAGAGGAAUCUCCUCACUUCCACGGUCGUUCACGAUGGAUGAUGCUCAGAAAUACAAUGGAGAAGUAGAAAAAACUAAAAGAACUCAAACUUUGUUCACCAGCAUGUCCUUUUCACAACCAGACUCUGCACACUCUCUUUCCACUGGUGCAUUUGGAAACAGAGGUGAGGAAGAAGAGGAGGAAAAAGGUGUUCAGUCAACACCUCCUCCUAGUUUGGCAUUACCUUUAAAGUCCCAAGACCAAGAUGCUGGAAGCAGUAUUCCUAAGCCAGAGUAUGGCAUUCCUUCUGAUUCUCUUUCACUUGCAUCUUCUGCAGAAAUUGUGAGUUCGACAGAGCCUAAGGAUUCAAAGUCCAUGGAGCAGUUCAGUGAAAUGAGAAUCAGUAUAAACCAGAGACCUGGCCACAGCCGCAGCUUUGGGUUUACAACAAAUUGGAGUUCUUCAGGAGCCAUUGUACAGACAGUUGAAGAAGGCAGCCCUGCAGCACUUUGUCAGCUGCAUGUAGAUGAUGAGAUCAUUGCUGUCAAUGGCACAAAGGUUUCACAUAUGGACUACAGUCAGUGGGAAGAGGCCAUCAAUAGAGCACUAGAAAUUGGAAACCUGGUCAUGGAUGUCAGACGAUAUGGAAAGAAUGACUGGGGCAAAGACCUGCCUUCCCUGCCACAUGUAAGGCAUAAAAUCCUCAAUCUCACCAGUAUGGCUACCAACAUUAUAGGUACAUCUGAAAAUAAAUGGAUUGAUGCAACUUCGGGAGAAAAAGUUUCAAAUGUUUCCACCAUAUCCACAAAAAGGGAUUUCUCCAGCAGCCUUCAAAGUUCUGAUACAGAAACAAAAUUGAUAAAUGGAAUGCAAGGAGAUCUUGGCUCUAAUGAACAAAGAGCAUCUGAACCUAUUUCUUUGAAAAACUUAAAAAGACGGUCACAAUUUUUUGAACAAGGUGGCCCAGAGCCUGCAAUGCCUGAUCUCCCAGUCCCAUCCAUCAGUGCUCCUAGUCGUCGGGUUUGGGAUCAAGAGGAAGAGCGAAAACGACAGGAAAAAUGGCAAAAAGAGCAGGACCGUUUGUUGCAGGAGAAAUACCAGCGAGAACAAGAGAAACUGAGGGAAGAAUGGCUACGAGCUAAACAAGAAGCAGAAAAAGAAAGCUCCAAGUAUUUUGAUGAGGAGCAGACUGUUCUAACCCUAAAUACAACAUCCAUCACUUCUCAGGCUCCACGUGUGUCCAGCUGGAGAGCAAGCCCUGAAGCAAAUGCUCCUGAAGAUCCAGAACGAGAUGGGGAAAACGAGCUGGCAGGGAGCUUGCUGCGUGAGGAAGAAGAGAUGAGGAGGCUUCAGGAGGAACGGAGGAUCCAGGAAGAAGAAACCAGGCAUUUUGAGCAAGAACAGCAAGAGCUGGAGCUCGAGAGACAGCGCAGAGAGAGGGAGCAGCAAUACGCUGAGGAGCAGAGGCGGCAGGCAGAGAUGGAGGAGCAGAGGCGGCAGGCGGAGAUGGAGGAGCAGAGGCGGCAGGCGGAAAGGCAGAGGGAGGUGCCGGUGGAGGUGCCUCAGUACCAAAGACAUUAUGAGCGCUAUGAAGUAUCUAAAACAAUAGAAGAUCGAGCUGGCCAUCCUGUAAUUGACAGACAUUAUGAGCGUUAUGAAGUUUCUAAAACCAUUGAGGAGCAACCUGGUCAGUCAUUUGGUGACAGGAAUAAGUCAAAGUCAACUACAGAACUGAAUGAAUUCAACAGAAUCAGAAAUGGUACCCAGAGCAAGUAUUCCGAAAGGUCCUGGAACAUGGGUGAGUCACAGAAGAAGUCUCAGAAGGAGCAAAACCUGUCUGCAGCAGAGUUGGAGAGACAGCAAAUCCUUCAGGAAAUGAGAAAGAAAACAUCUCUACACACGGACAGCAGCUGGAUUAGGCAGCGCAGUGCCAGUAUACAUAAGGAGCCUGUUAGUCUGUACAGCAGUAGUAUGAGGAGAGGGGAGUCACUGGACAAUCUUGAUUCUUCAGGAAUAAGGUCAUGGAGGCACCACUCAUGGCUGAACCAGUCUGCAUCCUCUUCAUCUCUAUAUUCUAGUCAAGAUUUUAGUCGCCCGGUGUCCACUUCAAACCGAGCCUACAUGUGCACUCCUUCCUCCAGCAAAGCACCUCCUGUGGCCACCUUUGCCAGAGCCCCCUCCACAUCCCAGACAGCUCCCCGGGCUCAGUCUCCUCUCUCUGCUUCCCAGUCAGGGUCCCAGACACGCAGCAGGUCAGUCAGUGGGAAGAAAAUCUGUUCAUACUGUAAUAACAUUCUGGGCAAAGGAGCAGCCAUGAUCAUUGAAUCUCUUGGUCUUUGUUAUCAUUUACAUUGCUUUAAGUGUGUUGCCUGUGGAUGCGACCUUGGUGGAUCCCGCUCUGGAGCUGAAGUCCGGAUCCGAAACAACAAACUCUUCUGCAACGACUGCUAUAUCAGAUUUAAAAGUACAAGUUCAGGAGGAAUUGAUUUACUUACAGAUCUUAAUUAA